GGGUGAGGCGUGUGAGUGGUGAGCGUGUGAGUGAAAUGGUGAGUGUGUGAGGCAGUAUAUGAGGAUGAGGUUGAGUGAGAGGUUGAGUGAGUGUGAGGGUGAGUGAGUGUGAGGGUGAGUGAGUGUGAGGGUGAGUGAGUGUGAGGGUGAGUGAGUGUGAGGGUGAGUGAGUGUGAGGUUGAGUGAGUGUGAGGGUGAGUGAGUGUGAGGGUGAGUGAGGCAUCGAGUGGAUGGCUGAGUCGAGGUGUGUGUGACAGGGUGAGUGGGAGGAUGCCUGGGUGAGUGCGAUGGUGAGUGGGAGGGUGAGUGAGUGGGAAACGCGGAGGAGACCAGAUUAGCGCGUUCCGGCGCUACCACGACCAGAAUCUCACCCCCAUCCAUUACCACCACCUCCACCACCUCCACCACCACCUCCACCACCUCCACCACCGCCACCACCACCUCCACCACCUCCACCACCACCGCUACCUCCACCACCGGGCCCAUCCUCCACCACCACCGCCACCUGCACCACCACCACCUCCACCACCACCACCUCCACCGCCACGUCCACCACCACCUCCACCACCACCACCGCCACCCCUACCACCGGGCCCAUCCACCACCACCUCCACCACCACCGUGGCCACCAUGAGCCGCUACGGGGACGAGAUGGGAGGGGGCUCUGGGCGGGGGGGCCGCGGGCCCCACGCAGGAGGCGCAGCGCCCGGGGGCCGCCGCCAGAUCUACAAGCAGUCGAUGGCCCAGAGGGCGCGCACCAUGGCCAUCUACAACCCCAUCCCCGUGCGCCAGAGCUUCCUCACCCUCAACCGCUCCCUCUUCCUCUUCAGCGAGGACAACGCGGUCCGCAAGUACGCCAAGCGGAUCACCGAGUGGCCAUAUCCUUCCCGUGCGCCCGUCCCGCCGUGGCCCGCCAACCCCACCGCGACUCGCAGGCGGCGGUGCAGCUACGGCGUGGAGAGUGCGCAGGAGGUGCAACUGCGCCAUGCCCAGACGUGGGUUCUCGUGAGCGCGUACACACCGUGUCCAUCCUUGACCUCUGCCCUCCCCCGCACGCCCUUCGAGUACCUGAUCCUUGCGACGAUCAUCGCCAACUGCCUGGUGCUCGCGCUGGAGCAGCACCUCCCCGCGGGGGACAAGACCCCCCUCUCGGACCAGCUGGAUGUGACCGAGCCGUACUUUAUCGGCAUCUUCUGCUUCGAGUGCGGCAUCAAGAUCGUGGCGCUGGGGCUGGCGCUGCACCGCGGCUCCUACCUCCGCAACGGCUGGAACGUCAUGGACUUCGUGGUGGUCAUCACGGGGUAA